AUGAGCAACAAUCCAGAACAAAAUCAACCCGAACAAAAUGAAGAUGGAAGAAAUAUUCAAAAUAUUGAGAAUGCCAUGAGACAAUUACUCACAAGAAACGAUGAAAUGCAAUUGGAACAACAGGAUUUGGUUCAACCGAUUAUUGAUGUGAGUUUGAUGGGAGUCAUAAAAAAUCUAGAUAUUGAUUUUGUUAAUUCCAGAUUGGCCAACACUUUCAGUUCAUGUGGAACUUUAUGAUUGAUCCAAAUGCUGGAAAUGGGAUGAGCCAAGAGGAGCGGUUUUUGUUUCUGGUUAGUUGGAUUCAGGGAUUUCAGUCGAACCCAAGCAAUUUUCUUGUUGAAUUAAGGGCUGUGAUUUUUAGACACAUAGUUUCUUAAUUAAAAUUUUCAAUCUGGUUCCCUUUUUUCUUACAAUUUCUGAACUCAAUUCAUGUUUUUUACUUUUUCGCAAAUUCAUAACUUUGCAGCAGCAGUUCAACAAUUAUACUUUACAACUGCUACAAUAUCACGCUACUCGAUAUUUCAUGAAUCAACGUUAUCAACAAGAACAACAACAAUGGCACCAACAACUUCAAGCUUUUCAAAACUUGCAACAAGAAAAUCCAGAACUCGUAGAGGACGUUGAAGUUGAAGUUGAAGUUGAAGUUGAAGUUGAUGAAGAUGAUCAAUAA